AUGCAGUUAAAGUUGUUAAAGAUGAGGAUAAAGAAAGUAAAGUACUAUUGGUCCAAUACCAUUUAUAAUGGUACUUUAUUUGCCUUUGAGCUCAUCAAUGGUGGAGACCUUCAUAGUGCAACAGAAAUAAGUUUUAAUAAAACCUACCAUAUAAUCCACUGUGAUAUUAAGCCUGCAAAUCUUUUACUUAAUGUAUUAUUAUUAAGUGCAGUGAAAUUAAAACAUGAAGUCAAGUCAAAAGAGUAUGAAUUAGCUGGCACAUCUGAUUAUAUGGCCAAAGAAAGAUUUUCUGACUUAGUAACUCAUAACUCAGACAUUUGGAUUACUGCAUACUUUAUGGCAGGAGCAAGUGAACCUAAUAACUGGGAUGAAAAAUGGAAAGAAUAUAGAAAGAGAGCUAUAAAGCAGCAAAUGAAUGAAAAUAGGCGUGAAAGAGAAAUGAUUGUAGCUACAGUAAAAUUUUACAUGAGGGACAUAAAAAAGACAUUAGGCCAACUUGAAGAGUUAUCAACCUGGGAUCCAUCUGAACCCGACUGGAAAGAGAGACCAUCUGUUGAAGAUGCUCUUAGACACUCUAACACUGUUCAGUCUUUACAGUUUGAAGCUUUAGUGGCUAGCCCUAUCAUCACUUGUAAAAUAGUAUAUGGACUGUUUUCCUAUUACUGUAAUAUCGUUUCUGGUAUUUUAUUCUUACAAAAUAAAGAUUGGUAUUGUAAGAAAAUGAAGGUGUUGUAA